AUGAGUUUUAAUAACAAAGUCGUAAUAGUUACUGGUGCAAGUUCCGGUAUAGGAGCUUCCACAGCUGUUUUGUUUUCUAAAGAGCAAGCCAACGUGGUGAUAGUUGGGAGAAAUGAAGAAAAACUGAAGACGGUUGCAGCACAAUGUGAGGAAGUAGGAAAUAAGCCUCUCGUGAUCAAAGCAGACGUAUCAGUGGAUAAGGAUGCAAAUACUAUUAUAAACAAAACUAUCGAAAAAUUUGGUAAAAUAGAUAUUCUGAUUAAUAACGCUGGAUUUAUUCGCAUGGGAAGUAUUUUGGAUGGAAGCUUUUUAGAUAUCUACGAGUCAUUGGCACAGACAAAUUUAAAAGCAGUCAUUAGACUUACAACCUUGGCUGCAGCGCAUCUUAUUAAAACUAAAGGAAAUAUAAUAAAUAUAUCCAGUGUGGGAGGAAAAAAAGUGAUAUCCCCUGAAUUUGGGCCUUAUGGGCUAUCUAAAGCUGGCUUAAAUUUUUUCUCUCACACCGCGGCUUUGGAACUAGCUCCUCACGGUGUUAGAGUAAACACUAUCAGCCCAGGACCAGUGUAUACUGAUAUAUGGGAAAACUCAAAAGAAGAUCUUAGUGUUUUAAAAAAAGUUAAUUUUAAAGUACCACUUGACAGAAUAUCAGUAUCUGAAGAAAUUGCAAACUUGAUAUUGUACGUGGCGAGUGACAAAGCUGUGUCUGUUACAGGCUCUAAUUAUGUCGCUGAUAAUGGUUUUUUGCUA